AUGAUACGACCACUUUUCAGGAAAUAUGCUUGUCGAUUGAUACAUACAAGCAGACCUCUUUUUAAAUACAAUGCGUUGCAGCCACAGCAGCAGUUUCCCCACGAAGAUUUUGUCAACAAACUGCCAGAACAGCUUAUAUCACAAGGAAAUGGAUUGAAACCAACAACUGCGGCCAACCAGUUGGAUACGCUGUAUCUUCACAACAAAUUAGUACAUAAUGGGUUCACUUCGGAACAAGGAAAUGUCAUAAUAGAGUUGUUAUUGGAAUAUCUUGAUUACGAGUUCUUUGCGACGUAUAACGACAAGUUCUUGCGUAAGAUGGAGCUAGAGAACCAGUCGCAUCUCUUUAACGCAGCUGAAACGGAGCUACGAUACGCCAUUCAAAAUUCAAGAGAAAACUCGCUAAAUGAACGUACUUUAGAACUGAUGCAGUUGGAUAGGGACUUGAGCUCUUUUAACGACCAGUUGAACGAGCUUAUCAUCAAUUUGCUUACUAAGGACUCGAAGGUAGAGUUCAAUGAUCACAAGAUUGAGAAUACGUUACUACAUAGGGAACUUAACUUAAGGCUAAAGGAUUGCAAUAACAAGAUUGGGACCAAAAUCAACGGUCAUAUUAAAUCGGAGAUUGAAAACUUGCGGUGGCAGACAACUAGAUCAGGAUUGUUUGCCAUUCUAAUACUCGUGUUCUUCAUUAUGAGCGGUGUCUCUAUUUCGAAGAGAAUAUCAGCAGAAAACGAGAAACCGGUUGAAGUCGUCUUGCACACUGUGGACUCGGAGGAAACGGACCUUCAACCUCUUCUCUCUGACAAGGAAGAAGAUGAAAUAUCCCAAGAGUGA